AUGGCAUCUUUUCUCCCUCACGUGAAAACUCAUUUUCUGAUUCCCAAUUCCAACAUUUCUGCAAUUCAUAACCUCCAAAUUCCAAGCGAUUAUGGUAAAUAUAUCGAUAGCAAUCAGCUCCGGCAGCCAUUAUUAUCGUCCAAGUGUGGAAAAGGAGAUUCAAUAGAAAGGAAAUUAUUAGAUGAACAAAUUGAUAAGUUGGGGAGAAUGUCAAGUAAGUGUAAAGAAGUGGCCGGUGGAAUGGUGGAGUUAUUGGAGUGUUUAGAAAGAGAAGCAAUCAUGGGAGAUGAUGAAGGGAAAGCACCAAUGGAUUACAACAGGAGAGCCCAGAUUUUUGACAAAAGUUCUACAGUUUUCCAGGCUCUUAAAGAAACUACUACUACUUAUAAUGAUUAA